UUCGCAAAUUUAUAUUCAGUAAUGCGCAGAUUUAUAUUACAAAGCGGUAACUUAUAUCUGUUUUGAAAAUCUAUGUAAAAGGUAUUCGCUUUUUAGUUAGUCGGAACCGGUAUGUUAUUGGGUCACGUUCGACAACACUUUCGUCUUCACAAGCAUCGAAAAAUUAAAAUCUCUAUGAUUAUCUAAUAGUAAAAAAAGAAUUUUAAAUAAAAUACAGAAGAAAGAAAUCUAAUAUACAAAUAUUUAAAAAAUCAGGCUAAUAAUAAAAAGUAAUUAUCUAAUAGACUUUAAGUUCAGUACGCAAAUGACCGUGUGGAAAAAAUUGUUUGGCAAGUAUCUUUUAGUGACCAACACUGUGAGUUGUGGUUUGAUGAUGGCGGCAGGGGACGUUCUCCAACAACGCAAUGAAUAUUUGAGAAAGCAUAAAUGUUUACCUACUAGAACAUACGUUAUGGCAGCGUCCCCACAUGCAGAACAAAAAUUUUAUAACUCAAAAGAUUCUGACAAAUAUAUGCACGAUUAUGUGAGGACUAAAAACAUGGCUAUUGUGGGUCUACUUCAAGGUCCUUUUCAUCACUGGUUCUACAUGAUUUUGGAUAGGGUAGUUCCCGGGAAAACUGUACUCUCCGUUAUCAAAAAGACCUGUCUAGAUCAAAGUAUAGCCAGUCCAACUUGUCUAGGAAUAUUUUUUAUUGGUCUUGGUCUUUUAGAACACCGCACUAUGGAGGAGAUUCGCGAGGAAAUGAAACUGAAAUUGUACGAUACGUGGAAGGUUGACUGUUGCUUUUGGCCUCCAACACAGUGCAUUAAUUUCUUAUUCGUACCCCUACACUAUAGGGUGCUCUAUAUCAAUUUUAUGACAAUGAUCUAUGACAUUUUUCUAUCAUACAUUAAAUAUGACGCGCAGUAUGAGUGAUAAACAUCUCAGAGCUAGUCUGUUGUACAGAUUAUAAAUAAUUAUAAUUUUUUUGCAUGAUUAUCCAUAACUUGCAAUAUAUAUAUUAUUUUAUAAUAUAUAUAUAUAUAUAUUUUUUUAAAUAUAUGUUACCACCGAAUAAUACAAAAAGUAUCAUAUAGAAUGUAUAAUACUCGACACGAAAGGAAUGUUAUUGAAAAUAAAGAAACAUUUGUUUUUGUAUAAAAAGAAAA